AUGCGAGGAGCUACCGUCCUCAAGGCUUCAGACGACAAGACUAGACAGCUCAACAAGCACACACUGGUGGCAUUCUCUGGAGAGGCCGGCGACACGGUGCAAUUUGCCGAGUACAUUCAGGCCAAUGCUCAGCUCUACUCGAUGCGCAACGAGACCGACCUAUCGCCGACCGCCCUUGCGCACUAUGUCCGUGGCGAGCUCGCUCAGAGCCUCAGAUCGAGAAAGCCGUACAAUGUGAACCUGCUUCUUGGCGGCGUCGACCCCAUCACAUUGAAGCCCAGUCUGUUCUGGUUGGAUUACCUUGCCUCGUUGGCACCUGUACCCUAUGCCGCUCACGGAUACGCACAAUAUUACUGCCUGUCAAUUCUUGACAAGCACCACCACCCCGACAUCAGCCUAGGGCAGGGCAUCAAGCUUUUGGAGCUCUGUACAGAUGAACUGAAGCGAAGGAUGCCCAUCGACUUCAAGGGAAUGACAGUAAAGGCUGUGACAAAGGAUGGAAUUGUGGAUAUCGAGUUCAACGAUGACAAGAUAGUCAAGAGCGCUUAA